GUAGCGUGCGGGUGCUUCACUCAUGCCCAGGUGACUUGUGUGUGUGUGUGUGUGCUCCUCUCUCCUCUACUGACACCUCUUCUGCCUCGUGUACUCGGCUCCAGUAAACUAGCAGUAGUGAGAGAGAGGAACGCCACCCCACAGGACCAUUCUAGCAUGCUUCCAAGUCAUUGUGGGAACUUGGGAUUGCUGCCGUAAUCAGCCAGUUAAGGUCCACCUCCACCAAGUGUGUUCCCCAAGCUGAUCAAUAUGACACAAGUCUUUCAACUAUUGUUAUUCGUGUCACUGCUGGUGGGGUAUGCGGCGCCUGGGGACCAGACCAGAGGAGGCAGACAGAUCUUCCAGCAGCUGACGACGUACGCGGCCAGAGACAGCGGGAACUACCAGAUGUGUAAGGUGGAUACCACAGUAGGCGCGUGUCUGAGCCAGCAGGAUUGUGCUAGGGAGCGAGGGCUCUUCGCCGGCUACUGUGGCGCCACUGAUGCCUACUGCUGCGUGGUGGACAAGACGUGCGGGGGCCGGACUAGCGCCCACCACGCCUACUUCAGGAACCCGUCCUUCCCCAAGAACGACUCGGAGGCCAGGACCUGCAACUUCGAGGUGGAGAUUGGCAAGAAGGUGUGCGCCGUCAGACUGGCAAUGGAGAAGUUUGAGCUGGCCCGGUACGACGAGGGAGUGUGCAUCAGAGACACCCUGACGGUACUAGGCAGCAGCCUCAACGAGACGUCCACCCCCUUCUGCGGCAACAUGACCGGUUGGACCACAACGUUCCAUGUGAAGGAGAAGAACUGGCUGAUCUUGGCCAUGGUGGUCCAGGGGGUACCAGAGUACACCUUCUCUAUCCGCGUCACCCAGAUCGCCUGCAAGGAUAUCGACCCCUUCAUAUCACCGACGUGGGCUGGGAUUAGGAAUGCCGAUGCCAUUAAGUACAAACCCACCACCACUACUACUACCAAGAAACCCACCACGACCACCGACUCAACCGCUGAGACUCCCACCACUGAAGAUACGACCCAGACGACGGAGAUGUUGGAGGAGACGACCACGGUGAUGAACGACCCGGUGGUGAGAGUGGUGACGACCACACCGGAGCCGGAGGAACCGCUCCCCACCACUCUCAAGCCGGGCACGCUGACCACCCCUUCUUCUGUAGGGGUAUUGAUCCGAGCCCCGCCAGAGGCUGUGUCAGAGGAGGGUGUGUACCUGGAAAGUGUGGACACCACGUCAGCGAUAUCAGCUUUCAGGAGAGUGUUCGAGCUGAAGGUGGAUGACAGGUGCUGGAAGUACGACGACGAUAGCAUAGAUAGCAGCUUCAGGAUCAUUGGUGGGGUCUACACCAACAUUAAUGAGUAUCCCUGGCAGGUGGCACUGGUGUACAAGUCCAAGUUCUUCUGUGGUGGUUCCAUAAUCAGUGACAGACACAUUCUCACUGCUGCCCACUGUGUCUUCGGGAGCUUCUCAAGAGGUAUACACGAAGUGAGGGUUAGUCUGGGAGACCAUGACCUCACCACCCGCAAUGAAACCAAAAACAAAGUUUCCAGGAUCAGGGCUAUCCACUGGCACCUGCACUACAACCCACACUCCACCGUCAACGACAUUGCUAUCUUGGAGCUCGAGUGGCCGAUUGAUUUCUCCUACGGCAUCAGCGCUGUCAAGAUACCCUCCGACCUCGAAGACCGCUUCGAGGAGGCCAACGCCACGGUGACGGGGUGGGGGAGGUACGCAACUACUGUGAAGAAAACGAGUUCCGUCAUGAAGGAGUACACGGCGCCUCUGAUGAACACUACGGCGUGCGUCCUAGCCUGGGAGAAGUUCCCGGGCGUCAGCGCUAAAUACGACAAGCAUGUGUGUCUCACUGUUAAAAGGGGGACCCCUUGUCACGGUGACUCCGGUGGACCGCUGGUCACGUGUUCGGGUGUACAGUGUACUCAGAUCGGGGUGGUGAGCUUCGGGUUCCCCCUCUGCACCAACGUGGGUCUCCCAGCGGUCUUCACCCGCAUCACUUUCUACAAGCCAUGGAUGGACAUCAACCUUCACCAGCUGCACUAUUUCUGAGAUGAAACUGAAGAGGAAGGAGGGAGGCAAGAAAGGAGAGAAGAAGAGGAGAGGGAACGGGCAGCUAGUUGGAGAAAAUAAGAUCACUGAAAUGCAUAAACUGGAAAAUCGAGAGAAAGUAGUAACUAAAAAGAAUGCUCAAGAACGUCGCAAGUGAGUACGAAGUAGGGAGACAAGAGUGAGGGUAAUAAUGAGAAAGACUAAGAAAACAAAAGGUAGACUAAGAACCCGUAGACGACAAACAUAAAGGUGGAUGGGAAGGGAGAAAACAGAGAUGAAAUCAUGAAUGGUGAGAGCACAAAAUAUAGCAGAUUCUAAAAUAUAAAGUAUGCUAAAAUUGGGAAAAAUCCAGUGGUAGAAAUACGUUAAUUCAAAUAAUAAAAAACAUAAAAGAAAUACAGCUAUAUUACUAAUAUAUGAGACAUGAAAAUGCGAUUGAAAAUGAAAAGGAUUAGUGUAGUUUAGGUAACUAAUUAAUGAACGAAAAGUUUCCUAUAGAUAUGCAGAAGAAUACAAAACAAAUAUAUUAUACGCGGGACUAGAGAUAAGAAUUGCUUCACCAACUCUGUCUUUGGUGUUCAUCUGCAAGGCCAUCUUUAUAUAUACUCGCGGUCUUGUUAUUUUUAUCAUUUAAUGUGUAAUCAGACUCAGGCAAAAUACUGGGUGAAUGUUCAUUCGGGCAUUAUAGAUAUUUUUCAUCUUUGGAGCCAAGGGGCGCGUAUUGCGAUGGGUGAACAUCUCACGUUCUCAACGAUAAUCUGGCUGUUAUUGCCAACUACGGAUGACGCCAAUAACUCCAAUAUUAAAAUGUACAAAUAUGAUGGUCACAAAGGAAACACUGGGAGGUGUGUCCCAGUUCUCAAAAGGUACUACGGGCUCACCAUAGCCCGUGCUACUUGGAACUUUGUUCCAGGUAGCAAAUCUUUAACAACAACAACAACCCAGUUCUCUGUGUAUACUGAAAGUAUACUUUAGUCCUGAGCUAUGUUCAGGGCUAAUGUAUACUUUGCCUGUUGGACAGUAAGCUGUUGUGGUGGCCUUAAUAACCCUCCAGAAGGUGGUAGGCCUUCAACAACGGCGCUCUGCAUUUUACUAGAAAUUUUCGACCGGUGUGAGUCAUUUUAUAUUUUAAUAACCUCGCACUUGUGGAAAACCAUCAACUAUUUAUUACAGGCAUGACCGAAAACCGAUUUGUUACACAUGUUCCCCUUUACUCAACCUAUGUAAUCAAUAAAACAUGCAUAAAA